AUGCACCACUUUUUCAAAGGCCAGUUUUUCGAUUUCGAAGUGUGCCGCAUUCUCGGCACCGCAGUCUAUGGCGGGGCCGAUGUGGCCGAAGUGCUAGAAGCCGUCGGCCAGAUCAGAGAUGGGGACCCGGUCAGCUGGGCCCGGGCGUGGGAGAUACAAGCGGAGCGUGCCCUCAUGCUCGCCGAGGAGGCGCGCAAGAGCGGUGACCGCGCAUCGGCUCGUGACGCAUACCUGCGCGGGUCCAACUACACACGCGCCAGUGGCUACAUGCUCACCGGAGACGGCCCAAACAGUCCCGAUCCAAGGUCAAAGGAAAUAGUCCAGCGUGUACAAGUAAUCUUCCGCAAGGCCGCCGCUUUGUUCGAUAAUCCUGUCAAGUUUCUCGAAAUUCCCUUUGAAGGCGGCUUGAAGCUACCGUGCAGCCUUUACCUGCCAUCGCCAGAGAGACGCCUCCCGGGAAAGAUCCCCAUCCUUAUUAGUGGUGGAGGCGCCGACGCCCUGCAGGAGGAGCUGUACUACAUGCAUCCUUCUGCUGGGCCCGAUUUGGGAUAUGCAGUCCUGACUUUUGAAGGACCUGGGCAGGGCAUUAUGCUCCGAAAACAUGACGCCAAAAUGCGCCCAGACUGGGAGGUCGUGGCGGGUGCUGUAAUCGACUUUAUUGAACAGCUUGCCAGAUCCCAGCCAGAGUUGGAGCUCGACACAUCGCGCAUCGCCUUCUCUGGCUGUUCUCUGGGCGGGUACUUUUCCCUCCGUGCUGCGGCAGAUCCACGGGUCAAGGCUUGCGUGUCGCUAGAUCCAUUGUAUUCAUUUUGGGAUUUCGCCAUGGAGCAUGUAUCUCCUACAUUUAUCAACGCAUGGGAGGCCGGCUGGCUGAAGGAUGGCGCGGUGGACGCCUGCGUACGCAUGAUGAUGGCAAUGUCGUUCCAAAUGCGGUGGGAACUGAGCAUUGCCGGAACCUUCUUUGGUCAAACAUCGCCUGCACGCAUCAUGAAGGAGAUGAAAAAGUUCUCACUGGCCGGCGGCUACCUGAGGCGAGUCCAGUGUCCUGUGUUGGUGUCGGGAGCCUCUCACUCGCUUUACCUUGAGGGAAACCACCACACAAUGCGCAUUUACAACGAGUUGGUAAACCAUACAAAAGGAAACAAGCAGCUGUGGUUGACGGCAACCCCGGGACAGGGUUCGCUGCAGGCAAAGAUGGGAGCCUUGCGCUUGGCGAACCAGAAAACAUUUAAAUUUCUCGAUGAGCAGUUUGGAAUUGAGCGACCCCAGCUUUAG